AUGAUUGAAGACCAGCAUCUCUGUAAUGAAUCAGCAGGGCUGCAUGGACAGACUGUGACCUCUUAUGCAUUAAAUGUUUUUGUUGUUACUUUGUCACUUCUGAUAAUAUGUGGGAAUCUUCUUGUAAUCAUCUCUGUCAUUUACUUCAAGCAGCUCCACACUCCAACAAACUACCUCAUCCUCUCUCUGGCUGUGGCUGACCUGCUAGUUGGGGCUUUAGUUUUGCCUUUUACCACAAUGUUAUCUAUGAGGUCAUGCUGGUAUCCAAGUUAUUUACUCUGUAAAAUGCGAGGACUGUUUGAUAUAUUACUGUGUGUAUCAUCAAUUUUGACUUUGUGCUGCAUAUCAAUUGACAGAUAUUAUGCAGUGUGUCAUCCUCUAACUUAUUCAAGUAAGAUGAAUGUUCAUGUUACGCUGGCUAUGAUCCUGGUGAGCUGGACUCUUUCAGCUCUGCUUGCUAUAAGCAUCACAGGACGUGGGAUAAGUCAAAACAAUCUCAGCCGGAGGUGUGAUAUAUUUACAGCUACAAACAAAUUUAGUCCAGAAACAAUUUUUGAAUUUUACAUUCCAGCAAUUAUAAUUUUAACAAUCUAUCUUAAAAUUUUGGUGGUGGCAAAGAGGCAGGCAAGGCGCAUCCAGAACACUAUGAAGUCUGAAGCAGCUCUCAGCAAGAUGGAGAAAAAGGCCAACAUAACUCUGGCUAUAGUUCUGGGAGUCUUCCUCAUGUGUUGGACUCCUUUCUUUUUAUCUAUAGGUUUAUACAGCUUGGGAAAAUUCACAGUACCAAUUGUAACAAUUAAAGCUUUUAAAUGGCUUGGAUGGUCUAAUUCUAUGUUAAAUCCAUUGGUUUAUGCUUUCUUCUACAGGUGGUUUAGACGGGCUUUUAAAAUGAUUAUUUCGGGUAAAAUAUUUCAAGGAGAUUUUACCAGUAUGAAGUUGUUGUGA